CACCUUUCAGGACUUCAACAUCAAGACUGCCUACUCUGCUACUAUCAAAGUUCAGCUCCAAUCUCAAGUGGGCUACCAACACCAAACUUCAUCAGCCAAAUUUGAUUGAGGUGUGAGUUUGCUUCAGCUUCAAGACAGUAGGCUACCAACACCAAACUUCAUCAGCCAAAUUUUAUUGAGGUGUGAGUUUGCUCAAGCUUCAAGACAGUAGGCUACCAACACCAAUCUUCAUCAGCCAAAUUUUAUUGAGGUGUGAGUUUGCUUCAGCUUCAAGACAGUAGGCUACCAACACCAAACUUCAUCAGCCAAAUUUUAUUGAGGUGUGAGUUUAUUCUUCAUUUUUUGGUGAAAUUUGAAAUAACAGAUGUUAAUGAUUUGAAAAAUAUUGAUGAGAGUUCUAGGUGGAGAAAAAUCAACAAAAAGGUUAUAUUUAUUGCAAAGAACAAGAAUGAUGAAAAAUUUAUAAAAAUUAAUGAUGGAUUGAAAAUAUUUUUUGAAAGAGUUAUCUAAAAAAUCUAAUGUUGUAAAAGAAUCACCCAAAAUUAAUGCAUUCAAUAGCAAUAUGCAAAAUUGAUUUGUUCUGUAUCCAUCAGAUAGGAAAAAACAUAUUCAAACAUAAUAUUAUUACAUCACUUUUCUUCAUUUUUUUUAGAUAACAAAUGAGAAGCAAUGAGUAGAAAUAUUCAUUUAUUCAGAGGGGGCAGAAGAAAAAAAGAUAGAAUAAAAGUUACCACUGGUCUGUUCACAGAAUUGGAGAGUGCAUUCAAUAAUGCAUUAAAGACUUAUUAUUACAAGAAUGAUAAAUAUAAGGAUAUUUGUAAGCUAUUAAUUGGUAUUAAAUUGAAAAUUAUCAACUUAUUAUCACUUAUUUUGAAUCAACAUCAAUGUUUAAAAUUCAAUGUUCUUGUAGAAUGUACAUAUAAGAAAAAAUCAAUUUCUCAUGAUUUCGAUUAUCAAGAUCGCACUUUCAAAACCAAGAACAUUACUAUUGUAAAGUCAUCAAAUUUAGAGAAUGUAUUACAGUAUGUUUUGAAGAAAAUUUGUCAUGAAGAAUAUAUAUAUGAAGGAUGGUCACUUUCGAAAAUUGAUGGUGUUCUUAUAAGAGUGAACAAAUACAAACCUCUUAGAGGUAGAUCUUAUAUUCCACUUCCUAAAAAAAUACAAAAUAAAAGGGCUAUAAUCAACUGCAAGAAUAUUGAUAACAAAUGUUUCAUGUGGGCUAUUCUUUCUGAUUAUGUUCAGUUCCAUCCUGAAAGAAUAUCAUAUCAUCAUAGAAAUCUAAUAUCAAAAUUCAAUUUCAAAGGAAUCUCUCUUCCCACACCAAUCAGAGAUAUAAAAGUUUUUGAAAAGAACAACAAGUCCAUAUCAAUAAACGUUAACUCUCUAGAUGAAAAAUAUGAAAUAUUCCCAUUGAAGAUAUGUGAUUAUGAGAAGAGAAAGCAUUUUGAUUUAUUAUUAUUGCAACAGGAUGGGGAAUAUCAUUAUUGUUUAAUUAAAAAUUUAUCAAGACUCAUUAGAAGUCAAUUGUCAAAACAUGAAAAUAAAAUAACAAUUUGUAAAAGAUGUUUCUCAUACUUUGAUGUGAGAGUGAAGAAAAAUUUCAAAACCCACCAAAGAUUAUUUUCGAAGAAAAAAAUAACAAAAGUUAUAAUGCCUAAGAAAAAUAUUUGUGAUAAUAUUAACCCAAUACUUAAAUUUAAGAAUUAUCAGAAUAAGUUUAGAGUUUCAAUAGUACUAUAUGCUGAUUUUGAAUGUUUAUUAGUUCCAUAUUUAUCUUGUACCCCAUCAAGCUCAAAAAGUUUCAGUAAUAAAACUCAAAGUCAUCAACCAUAUAGUUUUUGUACCUAUCUAGUUAUUGAUGAAGAGAUUCCUGAAAAGAUAAAAUCAAAACUUCCUAGUGAACCUUACCUAUAUAGAGGAGAAAAUGUUGCUAAUAAUUUUAUGCAAUAUAUUACUAAUUUGACAAAUACAAUUGGAAAACUGUUAAAAGAAAAUAUUAGUAUGACUUUCACCAAAAAAGACUUGUUGAAUUUUAGAAAACAAAAAUGUUGUGAAAUGUGUGAUUGUCAGUUUACAAUGAUGAAUAAAGCAGUACGUGAUCACUGUCAUAUUACAGGAAAAUAUAGAGCAGCUUUAUGCAAUAGAUGUAAUUUGCUUAGACAAAAUCAAAAAUAUAUCCCAGUAUAUUUACACAAUGGAGCAAAUUAUGAUAAUCAUUUAAUAAUACGUGAAUUAGGGAUAGAUGAGCAUAACAUUGAUAUUAUCCCCAAUUCGAGUGAGAAAUACAUUUCUUUCACAAAACAUACAUCAAGUAAACUAACAAUAAGAUUUAUUGAUACUCUGAAAUUUAUGAAUACUUCACUUGAUAAGUUAGUAAAAAAUCUCCCGAAAGAAGAAUUUCAUCACAUAAAAAAAAUUUUUCCUCAAAUGAAUUUAGAUUUGGUAACUUGUAAAGGUGUUUUUCCAUAUGAGUAUCUAGAUGAUGAAGAAAAACUGAAUGAGAAAAAACUACCUUCUAUAUCCAAAUUUUAUAGUAGCUUGAAUAAAAAACAUAUAACCUAUCAAGAUUAUAUUCAUGCUCACAAAGUAUGGCAAUCAUUCAAAAUACAAACAUUAGGAGAAUACAGUGAUCUUUAUCUAAAACUUGAUGUUAUUUUGCUAUUGUAUGCAUGA